AUGUUAAUUUGGCUUAUAUCCUCCAUUGGACGCAAUAGAAAAGUUUCAGUGAAAGAAGGGAAUUUAAUUUUAUCAAUUCUAGUGGAUAUUGUGAUUGGAUAUUUCAUCUUAGAAUUAUUUUUAAAGGAUAAUGAUAAAAAAGAUCUGGGAUACCUUUUAAUGGGAUUUUUGGAGAAAUUGGUAAAUUCAAUGUAUUCUUUGUUGAAAUGGUUGAUGGGUUCUCCAGCUGGCCUUAAAUUGAAUAAUGCAUUCAACAAAAUGCUUGGAAAAUAUUUUUCCUAUCACAUUGAACUUUGGUGGCUAUUUUUAGGCGUGUCAGGGGAAAAAUUAGACAUUAUAUUACAUCUGUACAAAUAUGUAGGUUACCUUGGAUUCACAUUUCAAGCUGCCAUAAUAGCUGAUAUGAUAUGCUUAGCAACAUUCCAUUCAUAUUGUAUAUAUGUAUAUGCUGCAAGGCUAUUUGACAUUCAAAUAUCGGGACUAACGGCACUACUCAGGCUGUUUGUAGGCAGAAAAUAUAAUCCAUUAAGAGGUGGUGUAGAUUCGUGUGAAUAUACCAAUCAAGAACUUUUUGUAGGCACAGUUGCAUUUACGAUUUUGUUAUUGUUGUUGCCUACAACUAUCAUGUAUUAUAUAGUGUUUACCUUGUUCCGAGUGUUUUCUAUCUUAGUCCAAUAUAUACUUGCCAAAUCUAUCUAUUUAAUACAAACAUUACCUCUAUAUGUAAUUAUCCUGUGGUUAACACGAUCAUCAAAAGUAGCGGGAAAUGUAUUAAUUGAAGAGGUAAAAAAUGCACAGACUUCUGUUUUAUUACUUAGAUUAAAAUUAUUUAACAAAUCCAUACGAGAUUUGAUAACACACUUUCGGCCUCCUGUGGAUGAAUCAAAGCAUAUUGAAUGGAGCAAUAUGCUAUCAAAUAUUGUAACUGGGAAACAAAUUAUUUAA